UCCAGAAUGCCAGGCGAAGCCACAGAAACUGUCCCUGUUACAGAGCAGGAGAUGCAGCAGCCACAGGCUGAGACGGCCACACCUGCUGCUGCGGCCCCUGCUCCCUCUCAGGCAAAGCCUAAAGAGGGCAAAACUAACCCCAAGCUGUCCUCCUCUCCUCACGCCACUGCUCCUAAGCCAGUUCCUGUAGGACGCAGGAAGCGCUCCUCUCUAUCUGCCUCCUCAAGCUCCCCUACCUCUCCUAAAUCUGCCUCAGGCCCUCGUGCUACCCCUCCAUGCUCCCCUUUGGCCUCUCCUCCAGCUGACUCCCCUGUAGCCUUGAAAGCUGAGCAAACUGCUCCCAAGGUGAUAAAGGCUGGCAAACAAGGGAAGCAACAUAAAACAAAGAAUUUUAAACCUGCUGAACAUGAGCAGACGCCUCCCUCUGCCUCCAAGCCUGCUCAAGAGCCUGCACCAGUGACAGCUCUGCCAUCUCUUGCUAUACCAAUUCCAGAGGUAGCAAAACCAGCAGGCAAUGCUGAUGCUUCCCCUGUCUCUCCCAAAGUUACUGUGGCUCCUGUGGCCUUCAAAGUAACUUCCAAACCUGCUGUCCCAGCACCCAAGUCAUUUACAGAAGCUGUGGCCACCAGUCCACCUAAAGUGGCUGAAAACCCCAAGGUUGCCUCUGAAGCUCCAAAAGUAGCAACCCAUGCUGCUUCAGAAGCCAAGAUGACUUCACCUUCAAAAGCAGCUCCAAAGCCUGGCCCUGCCCAAGUGCCAAAUGUGAACCCAGCCACUGCUGCUCCACCAAAACCUGCUCCUCGGGUUGUGCCUGCACAGAUUGAGGAUGAUGAUCUGCCACCUCUCUUACCACCUGAGAAUCCUUUUACAAUGCCUGCUUUCCCCCCCAUGCCACCUAGUGCAAUCCCUGUAGUUACCCCAACAGCUCCUAAAGCUGAACCUGUCGCCUCCAGUAAAGUUGAAUCUGGCCCUGCACCUAAAGCAAAGGUUGUUCCUAAAGCUAAACCAGCUCCUAAAGCUGAACCUGUCCCCACACUUAAAGUAGCGACUACCCCUGUACAGAAAGCAGCACCUGAACCUAAAGUUGAGCCUGUCCACACCCCUAAAGAUGAGUCUACUCCUGCCCCUAAGGUUGCAGUCCCUCUUGCUCCUAAAGCUGAAGCUGCCCCUAAGAUAGAGGCUGCUCCUGCACCUAAAGCUAAGUCUACCCCUAGCCCUAAGGCUGAGCCUGCUCCUGCCGUUAAAGUUAAACCCGUUGCUGCUCCUAAAGCUGAGGUGGUGGCUCCUAAAGUUGAGGCUGCUCCUGCACCUAAAGUUAAGCCUGCUCCUAAAGCAGAGCCUGCCCCUGCCUCUAAAGUUGAGCCUGCCCCUGCCGUUAAAGUUGAGCCUGCCACUAAAGCUAAGUCUGCUUCUACCUCAAAGGUUGAGGCUGCCCCUAAAGUUGAGGUUGAGGCUGCCGCUGCCCCUGCCACUAAAGUUGAGGCUGCCCCUGCCCCUAAAGUUGAAGCUGCCCCUAAAGUUAAAGCUGCACCUGCCCCUAAAAUUGAGGCUGCUGCCCCUAAAGUUAAACCUGUGCCUGCCCCAAAAGUUGAGGCUGCUGCUCCUAAAGUUGAGGGUGCACCUGCCCCAAAAGUUGAGGCUGCUGCCCCAAAAGUUGAGGCUGCUGCCCCAAAAGUUGAGGCUGCUGCCCCAAAAGUUGAGGCUGCUGCCCCAAAAGUUGAGGCUGCUGCCCCUAAAGUUGAGGCUGCUGCCCCUAAAGUUAAACCUGCGCCUGCCCCAAAAGUUAAGGCUGCUGCUCCUAAAGUUAAACCUGUGCCCGUCCCCAAAGUUGAGACUCCUGCCCCAAAAAUUGAGGCUGAUGCCCCUAAAGUUGAGGCUGAGCCUGCCCCAAAAGUUGAGGCUGCUGUCCCUAAAGUUGAGGCUACUGCUGCACCUGCCCCUAAAGUUGAGCCUGUCCUUCCCCCUAAAGUUGAGCCAGCACCUGUUCCCACACCACUUAAAGCCCCAUCUAUACUGGAACCAGUCAUCAAGAACGACAAGGGGUCCGGCACUGAAUCUGACAGUGACGAAUCUGUUCCUGAACUGGAGGAGCAGGACUCUGCACAGACACAGACACAGCAGGCACAGCUUGCAGCUGCAGCUGAAAUCGAUGAAGAACCUGUCAGCAAAGCAAAACAAAGCAGAAGUGAAAAGAAAGCCAGGAAGGCCAUGUCCAAAUUGGGGUUGAGACAAGUUGCUGGUGUUACCAGGGUAACCAUUCGCAAGUCCAAGAACAUUCUCUUUGUCAUCACCAAACCAGAUGUCUACAAAAGUCCAGCUUCAGAUACUUACAUUGUCUUCGGUGAGGCCAAGAUUGAAGACCUGUCACAGCAAGCUCAGUUAGCAGCUGCAGAGAAGUUCAAGGUUCAAGGAGAAGCCGUUUCAAACAUCCAGGAAAACACACAGACGCCCACAGUACAGGAGGAGAGCGAAGAGGAAGAGGUUGAUGAGACCGGAGUGGAAGUCAAGGACAUUGAGCUGGUCAUGUCACAGGCCAAUGUAUCCAGGGCAAAGGCUGUGCGUGCACUGAAGAAUAACAAUAACGACAUUGUCAAUGCUAUUAUGGAAUUGACGAUGUAGAUGGAGAUCAGGGACUGGGUCACAAUAAGAUGUUGCUGAUUUGAUCUACACUAUUGUUUGUACAAUUUAUACCCAAGAGAAAUAAAGGAGUGGAUUGAAGAAAUGA